GAGAGAGAUAUAUAGACAUCACUAAUUCAUUCAACUAUUAUUAUUAUUUUUAUCAUAUAUGCAAUUUUUAUUUGAUUCACUAAAUUUUUAAUUAAUUAUUUUAUUUUUCAACUGCGCCAGUUUUUUAUAAUUAUUAAAUAUUCAGAUUAUCAUUAAAAAAAAAAGUUUUCAAAUAAAAAUGAUUUUUUUAAAAAGAUAACUGAAGUUUUUAUAGGCUUAAAAAAAUAAUUUUUAUACGCCUAUCAACUCUUUUUAUUAAAAAAACUAGUUUCAGUUUUCAUCAUCUGAUAAUUCUUAAAAUACGGAACAAUAGUAGGAAUACGAUAAAUAUGGUAGAAAGUUUCCUCCUCGCAAAGGAGAAUAUUUAGUUCCUUCCAUAACAACUGAUGCUGUGGUAUUAAGAAAAUAUAAAAACUAUACACAUAGAUAUGAAGUACUUAUGAUAAAAAGAAAAAAUGAACCUUAUAAGGGAUAUUUAGCUUUCCCUGGAGGAUUUUUAGACUAUAACGAAGAGCCAUCUUAAGGAUGCUUAAGGGAAUUAAAAGAAGAAACAGGAUUGGAUGGUAUUAGCUGUGAGCUGAUUACAGUCAAAGGCGAACCAUAAAGAGAUCCAAGAGAGCAUAUUGUUUCUAUUUUUUAUAAAGUAGAAGUAGACUAAAAUUAAAGACCUAUUGCAAACGAUGAUGCUGCUGAUGCUAGAUUUUAUCGUUUGGAAAAACUUUUAAAACCUAAUAAAUCCAUAGCCUUCGAUCAUCUUGAGAUAUUAAAUAUGGUUUAUAAUAAAGUUAGAAAAUACGAAAAAAAAAAAAAAACCAGGAUAACAUGAAUUGAAGCUAAAAUAGUUUAUUAAAAACUUUUUUAAUUGUAUUAGAUAAAGCCAUUUCAAAAAAAAUUAAUUAAAUAAAUAAAUGUUAUUAAUUAUUUAUUAUCUUUAUAUGCUUAUCUUACUUAUUAUAAUAUAUUAUAAGUUUUGUUAUUCGCAAACUGAAUGAUUUGAAUUUAAU